CGUGGAUUGUCCUCGCAACAUCCCAGACAUCCUCCCUCACAAUGGCUGACACAGACGUCGUCAGCUCCACGGAGCAAACCCCCCUCCCGACAGAAUCCAUCCCCUCAGACCAGCCACCUCAACCCGAUGCCACAACCGCCCUCACAGUCGCCGCCGGCGGUGACACCACCACCACCGAAGUAGCAGUUGCAGACGCCGACGGCCAGAAGAAAACCAAGAAGAUCAUCCGACGAAAGCGCCGACCAGCUCGCCCACAGAUCGACCCGGCGACGAUCAAAUCCGAGCCGCCCCCGCAGACCGGCACGACGUUCAACAUCUGGUACAACAAGUGGUCCGGCGGUGAUCGCGAGGACUCGAUAUUGUCGAAGCAUGCGGCCCCGUCGCGCUGCAAUGUCGCCAAGGACAGUGGGUAUACGCGCGCGGAUAAGGUGCCCGGGUCUUAUUUCUGUUUGUUCUUUGCGAGAGGUAUCUGCCACAAAGGCCACGAAUGCGAAUACCUGCACCGCCUGCCCACACUCCACGACCUCUUCAACCCGAACGUCGACUGCUUCGGACGGGACAAAUUCAGCGACUACCGGGACGACAUGGGCGGCGUGGGGUCAUUCAUGCGCCAGAACCGCACCCUCUACGUCGGCCGGAUCCACGUCACCGACGACAUCGAGGAGGUCGUGUCGCGCCACUUCGCCGAGUGGGGCCAGAUCGAGCGCAUCCGGGUGCUGACCUCGCGGGGCGUCGCCUUCGUCACGUACUCGAACGUCGCGAACGCCGAGUUCGGCAAGGAGGCCAUGGCCCACCAGUCCUUGGACCAUAGCGAGAUUCUGAACGUCCGCUGGGCCACGGUCGAUCCGAACCCGUUGGCGCAGAAGCGCGAGGCCCGCCGGCUGGAGGAGCAGGCGGCCGAGGCGGUGCGGAGGGCCCUGCCGGCGGAGUUUGUGGCCGAGUUGGAAGGGAAGGAUCCCGAGGCGAGGAAGAGGAAGAAAAUCGAGGGGAGUUUCGGGUUGCAGGGCUACGAUGCCCCUGAUGAGGUGUGGUAUACGAGGACCAAGCAGUUGGAGGAUGCGGGCAGGACGGGAGGCCAGCUGGAGGCGCCGGAUCAGCCGCUGAUGCUGGAAGCUGCUGCGUCGUCGUCGACGGAGGUCCCGGCGCAGGAAUCGGCGAGUGGUGGGAUCUUCUCCAGCUCGACGGUGGCGGCCCUGAGAGGGCUGUCUGGAGGGAAUGUCACGACAAAGCCGGCGCCUCAGGCCUCAGGACCUCUGGUAGGCUACGGCAGUGAUGAUGACAGUGACUAGGGAAAUGGGAUUGACGAACUGUAGAGGACUUCGAUUAUUUUCUUUUUUUGAUAUGUAUAAUAGCAGCGAUACCUUGGGAUCUUGCCUACGUUUCUUUUUCUUACGGGGUGCUGGUUUGCAUAGAAUGAGCAUGGGUAUAUUUCGCUAUGGAAAACAGAGAGGAGAUUAUAAACAAUCCACCUAGGUCGAUAUAACUCAAAAUCAAAAUCAAAUGA